UAAAUAAGUGCUUUUUUCUCAUUUCUUCUUAUUCUUCAAAAUUUUCUCUUUCACUCUUCUUAGUGUAGCAAGAAAUUCAUAAACCGUUUUCUGCUAAAAAUCUCAACUCUCUCUCUCUCUUCUCCAAUGGCUGCUCCUGAGAUUAGCUGGAAUAGGCUAGAUGUAAUGAAAUUCUAUGCAGGGGGAGCUGGACUAUUUUCUGGUAUUACUGUGUUACUCUACCCUAUCUCUGUUGUGAAGACUAGGAUGCAGGUUGCUACAAAGGAUACUGCAGAGAGAACUGCAUCUUCUGUUGUCAAAGGAUUGCUUAAGAAAGACGGCAUCCGUGGUUUGUAUAAAGGGUUUGCGACGGUCAUUACUGGAACAAUACCUGCCCGAAUGGUAUUUCUCACUUUCUUAGAGACCAUUAAGGAAGCUUCCUUCAAGAUGGUUAAACCAUUUGAACUAUCUGAAACUAGUCAGGCUGCCAUAGCGAAUGGCAUUGCAGGCAUGACAUCGUCGAUUGUGUCACAAGCUGUGUAUACUCCAAUUGAUGUGAUUAGCCAAAAGUUGAUGGUGCAAGGGUACUCGGGCCAUGCCCAGUAUAGCGGUGGUUUGGAUGUUGCUCGGAAGUUAAUAAGGUCCGAGGGCUUCAGGGGACUAUACAGAGGGUUUACUCUAUCUGUUAUGACUUAUUCACCAUCUAGCGCUGUAUGGUGGGCAACUUACGGCUCAAGUCAACGCUUCUUAUGGAGAUUCUUGGAAGAUGAUGUCAAAUCUGAGGAAGCUACUCCUAGUAUGCCAAAGAUUAUUUUAGUUCAGGCAGGAGGGGGUGUCAUUGCUGGUGCUACUGCAUCGUGCAUUACAACUCCGCUGGAUACAAUCAAGACACGGCUACAGGUGGUAGGACAUGGAAAGAAAAUCUCUAUUAAACAAGUUGUUAAGGAAUUGAUCAGCGAGGAUGGUUGGAAAGGUGUAUAUAGAGGAUUUUGUCCAAGGUUGUUCAGCACAUCAGCAUGGGGAACUUCAAUGGUAUUGGCUUAUGAAUAUCUGAGUAAGAACUCUUGUUCUCUGAUUAGAUACUGUCUGUGUUCAUAAACUUGUUUGCUUAUUAUGAUUUUAUCUGUAAAUAUUUGUAGCUCAUUUUUAACAGUAUUUCAUUGUCGUUGACUCAGAGCGCCUAUGCGUAAAAGAUAAAGAAGCAGCUGGUCAGUAAUCUGGAAAUGUUUCAAUUGAUAUGGUCCCAAAAAGUGAUUAAUUGAGUUCCUUUUGUGGGAUAGUAGAUAUGGAUUAGCUGAUAGAAUUUGCUGCUGAAAUUUAAGCAGGCAGCCAUUAUAACUGAUUUUUCAGGAAAUACUCAUUGGAUGGAUAGAUAUGGAAUUUUUCCUACUAUAGGAAAAAUAUUAUUUUCAUUUUUUUUAGAUAAUUACAUUGGAUUGGGUGUAUUCUUUGAUAUGGAUAAUGUACAGUGGAAGGAAUGAGACUAUACAUACGUAUAUAAAAAAAGUUACACAUGUUUGUUUUUGGUUCUACUUUCCCUCUAAUUUCUUAUCUGUAACUAAAUAGACGAAUGUGAGUUUUUUUUUUUUUUAAUGAUU